AUCAAGAGACUUUUAUUUUGAAAAUCAAUUGUUGUGUCUUAAAUUUCGGUGGUGUUUACUGUAGCAAAUAGUGAUCACUUUUACUUUUCGUUUGCUGAAAUAUGGCUUUUCAGUGCCAGAGGGACAGUUAUAUGCAGGAGUUGGACACGUCUGUCGUGUCUUGCGUGCCUGCAGAAUUAAAACUAGAGAGUAAUGGAAAAAAAGAAAAGCUGAAGGGCUUUAAUGUGAAACUGAAAGACACGGUUCUGUUUCCAGAGGGUGGAGGACAGCCUGAUGAUCAUGGGACGGUCGGAGGUGUCCCAGUCCUGCGUGUGCUGAGACAGGGUCCAGAUGCAGUGCAUUUCAUCAGCUCUGCUCUGGAGGAGGGUCAGGAGGUCCACAUCAAACUGGACUGGCAGCGAAGGUUUGACCACAUGCAGCAGCAUUCGGGUCAACACUUGAUCACAGCUUUGGCUGAUGCAAUGUUUGGAUACAAAACUACCUCUUGGGAAUUGGGACGUCAGCGGAGCAGCAUAGAGCUGGACACAGCCUCGGUGAAGCCUGGGGAAAUGGAGGCUUUGGAGGCUGCUGUGAAUGAGAAAAUCCGUGCACACAUUCCAGUCACUGUCAACCUUCUGUCCCUUGAUGAUCCAGCUGUGGAGAAGGUGAGAAGCCGUGGUCUUCCAGACGACCACGCUGGGCCCAUCAGGAUCAUUGACAUUGAGGGUGUAGAUGCCAACAUGUGCUGUGGGACUCAUGUGUCCAAUCUCAGUCACCUACAGAUUAUAAAGAUUUUGGGGACUGAAAAAGGGAAGAAGAAUAAAACCAACCUGAUUUUCAUAGCGGGCAACAGAGUGCUAAAAUAUGCUGAGAAGAGUUAUAACAUUGAAAAAUCUCUGACGGUCCUCCUCAAGACAGGGGCUGAUGAGCAUGUUGAUGCCGUGGACAAGCUACAAAAGACGGUCAAACGUCUUCAGAAGAGUAAUCUUAUUAUUCUGAGGGAAAUGGCUGUUCUGAUAGCGCAGAACUUCAAAAGCAAACCGGACAGAGGAAACUUCUUCAGCUUACACAACAAAGAUGGUGAUAAUGAGUUCAUGAACAUCAUCGCAAAUGAAAUUGGAUUUCAGGACACAGUGAUCUUCCUGACCGUGGGUGAGGAGAAGGGUGCAGGAAUGUUCCUUCUCGCAGGGCCUGAGAAUAUUGUCACAGAAGUGGGACCUCGGGUGUCAGAGUUGCUGCAAGGUAAAGGAGCUGGAAAGGCUGGACGUUACCAGGGUAAAGCCAACAGUCUGGUGAAGAGGGCAGAGGCUGAGGCCUUAUUGCAGGAGCACAGCUGCAAACUCACCGCAGGAGAGGAGUAAAACGACACAUGCUGACAUACAGGUGCAUUGAUGAUCCAGACUCUGUCUACACCAAACACAUGCACCAUGUUGCGGCGCAUCAAAACUAGAUAGUUCCGUUGGUUGCAAUGAAACUGUCUUCAUGGAAGCGCACAAUGCACAAUCGAUGCUCCAUUUCUACUUUUGAUUCACUGCUUAACUACUCAAGCCAUUUACUUUCCUGUCCGUCCAGUAAAAAAAAAAGUAAUUUUUUUCAUGUUGUGAUGUUUUUGGUCUCUGGCCUUCAUAUUUAAAUAAUUUGAUGAGGAAAUAAUGGUAAUACUUUACUUAAAGCCUUUAAGUAUAAUGCAUUAUAAAAUGUAUUCAUAAUGUGUGUUAUAACGCAUUACAUUUUUUCAUAAAUAAUUGUAACCAAAGUUUAAUUCAUUAUAAUAUUUGCAAAUUCCUUGUUACAUGUGAAACUGGUUGUCUGUCAUGUGUUUUAAUGCAUUAUACUUUCUGUUAAGGCUUAACAUUAACAUAUUAUAACUGUGAUUACACUUGUUCAUGAGACCAUACAACGCGUUAUAUAAAAGGCAUAAUUAAUGCAUUAAAGAUAUUUUUAUAUUGUAUUAUAUGAAUGAAUAUGAAAAAAGGUGCUCUACCGAUACAAGAGGAGGUGCAACCGAAAAUCAAAGGUGCAACACUGACUCUUAAGAGCUCAAACUUUAUUACUUAAAAAAACAUGACGUUUCGUUAAAGUUCAAACUUUAAAGAAAACAUGGGCGGCCGAAACGUCAUGUUUUUUAAGUAAUAAAGUUUGAGCUCUUAAGAGUGAGUGUUGCACCUUUGUUCAGCUAUAUUGUAUUAUAUAAAAGGCUUUACCUAAAAAAUUUUAAGGGUACAAACAUGUAAAGUUUUUUCAUUAUUCUUAAAGGGUUAGUUCACCUAAAAAUGAAAAUUCUGUCAUUAAUUACUCACCCUCAUGUCCUUCCAAACCCGAAACACUUUCGUUCAUCUUCAGAACACAAAUGAAGAUAUUAUUGAUGAAAUCUGAGAGUUUUCUGUCCCACCGUUGACAGUCUAUGCAACUACCACUUUGACACUUCAAAAAGUUCAUUAAGAGAUAUAAAGAGAAAGAGAUGGUGAACUAUUCCUUUAAAUAGCCCAUGCAAAUUCAGUUUUUAAAACAGUAGGAAAUGAAAUAAUACUCUCAAGCUUACAGCUGAUUGGUCUGCAAACAGCUUCAACACGUCCGGUGCAGACAAACUCAAGCCACUGUAGUAAGUUACAACUUUGGUUGCUUCCAGUUUAGACACGCUGUUUCUGUGAUCAGAGAAACGGUUACUUGAUCGGUGGACUUUGGAGUAAAUUAGAGCAUGAUUGAUAAUGUCAUUUAUUUCUAAGGCUAAUAAUUUUGAUAGAGUGUAAAUUGGAGUACUACUUUAUGUAUGAGCUUGCAGAAUCAUUGCCUUAGUUUGAUCAGAAUUAAAUUACUCCAUGGCAUAUAAUGUUGAUAUUGUAUUGAUAUUUUUUUGCUUUGCUAAUUUGAAGUAGUGUACACCCUUCAUAAAUUACCAUGAUUAGUUGAUUAUUUUUCAGCCAUUGGACUGGUUCUUAGUACAGAUUGGUAGAAAAUACUGAAUUAAAUGUAUUUAAUUGUGGGAAGGAUAGAAAUAAGAUGUUGAGACAGCAGCUCUAAUCUAAAUAAAUAACUUAAAAAAAAUAUGUGCUUUGUUGAAUUCUUGGUCUGUGUUCAUAGUCCACCUGAAAAUGACAGUUGUGUCAUCAUGUACUCAACCUCCUGUCAUUCCAAAUCCAAAUAGAUAUAUAAAAGAGAUAUUUUGCAGCACGUUCAAGCCAAUUUUUUCCAUACAAUUAAAUUAACUUUUUUGUAAAUUUUGUAAAAAUGUACCAUGUAAGUAGUUGCGUCCUGUGCUUUAUUCAAAGUCUUAAGAAGACGAUCUGAACAAAAUUUAAAUGAUGACAUAAUUUUUAUUUUUGUUUGAAUUAUCCCUUUAAAAUCACAAAGUAGGGCUGGGGAAUUACAAUUUAAUUACAACUGGGAAAUGUACAUUUAGGGCCAGUCAGUUGUUUUGGUCUCAGAGAUUCCUAGUUUUUUUUUUUUUUUUUUCAGGGCUCACCAGAAGUAAGGCUGAAAAUGUUCUUUUUAAAUCAAAAUAAAAAAUUGCCAUGCUUUGGGUUGCUACACAUAUUGUUCUCUACCCUACUGUACCAAAAUUUGUAAUAAAUAAUCUUCAGAUGCAUAUUGUUUUUGAGGUUACUGAUGUACAGUGCAUAUCAAAUGAGCAUGCUUGUCUCGCACCUUGUUUUCUUGAAGAUGAUUUGAUUCAUCAGAUGAGUAGUUGAUUUUGGGUACUUAAUAUUAAUAUUCCAUCUAAAACAGGGUGUCCAAACUCGGGGCCACUGUCCUGCAGAGUUUAGCUCCAACUUGCCUCAACACACCUGCUUGGAAGUUUCUAGUAUGCCUAGUAAGACCUUGAUUAGCAGGUGUGUUUAAUUGGGUUGGAGCUAAACUUCACAGGACAGUGGCCCUCCAGGAACAGGAUUAGGCACCCCUGAUCUAAAACUAUUUUAAUCUGUAUUUUAAACUUUUUCCCAAUUAUUAUGGAGCAUGGCUUUUUUUAUUUACCUUAUAUUAAUUACUACAAUUUGGUUAGUUGCACUGCACACUCUGCAUUGCACACUUUGCCUCAUACAUUUUUUUUUUUUUUUUUUUUUAGAUAAAUUUGACCUAAAAAUGCAAAAGAAAGAAAAUGCUGAACAAGAGAUAUUUUGAGUAUUUUAUUAAAAAUGACCUAAAGAAUUUCCAAAAAAAUAGAAUAUUACAGAAAAUACAUCAAAAAAAAAAGUACAUAUCUUAGGGAGGACAAAUUUUGUCCUCCUAUAUAUAUAUAUAUAGGCUAUAUACUGUAGUUUAUUUUAUUAUUUCAGUUCUCAAAAAAGAACACUUCUUUUGUCAAAUUCCAGACCUUUUCUUCUAGAUCCAAAGGCAUAAGGGCACGUUUACAUGACAACAAUUUACGUUUUUCCUUUUGCGUUUUUCACGUACAGACGUGAAAUCCCCAUUCACACAGAUCCACGUAAAUGACUAAAAACUCUGUAUUCUCCUGCCAGGCCAGUAGUUGGCGAUGUCACUUUGUAAAGAAAAACUACUUGCCUAUAGACUGAAAGCACGAUAUACGCAUGCGCGUGACAUCACCGUUUUCACAAAUUUGCGUUUUUGUAGUUUACAUGGAGAUAAUAACGGUAUUGUUUUCAAAAACUUUGAAUACUGUUUUCAAAAGUUUGCUUUUUCAUUCCCCCAAAACACAUUGUCGUAUAAAUAAACGGCCAACUCAC